AUGGACGUGGACGUGGACGUGGACGACGUGGACGUGGACGUGGACGUGGACGUGGACGUGGACAUGGACGUGGACGGGGUCGUGGACAUGGACGUGGACGUGGACGUAGACGUGGACGUGGACGUGGACAUGGACGUGGACGUGGAUGUGGACGUGGAGGACGUGGACGUGGACGUGGACGUGGACGUGGACGUGGACGUGGAGAACUUGGACGUGGACAUGGACGUGAACGUGGACGUGGACGUGGACGUGGAGGACUUGGACGUGGACAUGGACGUGGACGUGGAGUGGACGUGGACGUGGACGUGGACGUGGACGUGGACGUGGACAUGGACGUGGACAUGGACGUGGACGUGGACGUGGACAUGGACGUGGACAUGGACGUGGACGUGGACGUGGACGUGGACGUGGACGUGGAGUGGACAUGGAGUGGACGUGGACGUGGACAUGGACGUGGACGUGGACGUGGACGUGGACGUGGUCGUGGACGUAAAGGACGUGGACGUGAUCGUGGACGUGGACGUGGAGAACUUGGACGUGGACAUGGACGUGAACGUGGACGUGGACGUGGACGUGGACAUGGACCUGGACAUGGACGUGGACGUGGACAUGGACAUGGACGUGGACAUGGUCAUGGACGUGGACGUGGACGUGGACGUGGACGUGGAUGUGGACAUGGACGUGGACGUGAACAAGACGUGGACGUGGACUUGGAGUGGACGUGGACGUGGACAUGGACGUGGACGUGGACGUGGACGUGGACAUGGACGUGGACAUGGACGUGGACGUGGACGUGGACAUGGACGUGGACGUAGACGUAGACGUGGACGUGGAAGUGGACAUGGCAUGGACGUGGACGUGGACGUGGAGGACGUGGACGUGGACGUGGACGUGGACGUGGACGUGGAGAACUUGGACGUGGACAUGGACGUGAACGUGGACGUGGACGUGGACGUGGAGGACUUGGACGUGGACAUGGACGUGGACGUGGAGUGGACGUGGACGUGGACGUUGACGAGGACGUGGACGUGGACAUGGACGUGGACGUGGACGUGA